AAAGUCGGUUAUUCAACGAACGUAUGAACGGUGCCAAAAAUAUUUGAGUUGUAAUUUGACCAUUUCAUUUCGCAACUAAUCGAUAAGUUUAUCAAUAUCGUCAUAAUUGUUCGCUAUCAAUAUUAUUCUCAUUAGGAAAAUUGCUUUUUCUGUAUUUUGUGUUAAUUGAUCAGAAAAGAUGGCUGGUUUUCCAGAUGGCGGAUUCGUGCAAGGAACAGCAGCGGCAGCACCUUCGUCACUUGUGGAAAUCAGCGUCUCGUGCAGGAGUCUCCAGGACAGAGAUGCAAUGUCCAAGUCAGAUCCAAUGUGUGUGCUAUACACCUGGGACAUCCACGGAAAAACUUACCGUGAGGUUGAUCGCACUGAAAUGAUUAAAGAUUCACUGCACCCUGAUUUUGUGAAGAAAUUCACUAUGAACUACUUUUUCGAGGAAAGUCAAAAAUUAAAAUUUGAAAUAUAUGAUGUGGAUUCACCUUCACAAAGGCUGACCUCUCAUGAUUUCCUUGGACGGAUGGAGUGUACGUUGGGGGAAAUAGUUGGGUGUGGAAGUGGUCGCAUUGAAAAACAACUUCUAGGAGUAAUUGGACAGUCAAAAAUUAUUGUGAGAGUAGAAGAAAUCAGCGCUUCCAAGGAGGAGAUCCACAUGAAGCUGAGGGCAACUGGUCUGGACAAUAAGGAUUUCCUGGGAAAGUCUGACCCAUAUCUGGUCUUCUACAGAGCCAAUCCUGAUGGCAGUUACACAAUUACCCACAAGUCAGAAGUGAUAAAAAACUCGCUGAAUCCAACAUGGCGGCCAUUUUGUGUGCCUGCUAAGACCCUGUGCAAUGGAGACCAUGACAGAUUGCUGAAAGUGGAGUGCUAUGACUGGGACUCUGAUGGGAGCAGCCAUGAUCUAAUUGGUGAAUUCACAACAACGCUGAAGGACCUCUUGAAAGCCCCCACUGCCAGCACAGUAUAUCAGUUCAUAAACCCAAAAAAGAAAGCAAAGAAAAGAAAUUACAAGAACUCAGGAGAACUACAAGUUAUGGAGUGCCGAGCUGAGGCUGUACCUUCGUUUCUAGACUACCUUAAAGGAGGUCUUGAGAUGAAUUUCACCGUGGCAAUAGAUUUCACAGCAUCCAACGGCGACCCCAUUCAGCCUACGUCUCUCCAUUACAAUGGGCAGAAUCAGAUCAACCAGUAUGCAGCUGCAAUCCAGGCUGUUGGGGAGAUAAUUCAGGACUAUGACACGGACAAGCUUUUCCCUGUGCUUGGAUUUGGUGCAAAGCUGCAAAAUGGAUCUGUGUCCCAUGAAUUCCCUUGUAACUUCAACCCUCAGAACCCCUACUGUGCGGGUAUUCCAGGCAUCAUGCAGGCCUACUACACGUCUCUACGACAGGUGCAACUGUACGGACCCACAAACUUCUCUCCAGUCAUUAACCAUGUAUCCAGAUUUGCUCAGGCCAAGAGAGACGGGUCUGCCUACUUUGUGCUUCUAAUUAUCACUGAUGGAGCCAUCACAGACUUAGACAACACAAUCAACUCAAUUAUCAACGCGUCCGCUUUGCCAAUGUCUAUCAUCAUAGUGGGUGUAGGCAAUGCACAGUUUGACACUAUGGACGUCUUAGAUGCUGAUGGCCAGAGACUGGGGAUUGGCGGCCGUUAUGCUGAACGUGACAUUGUACAGUUUGUACCAUUCAGAAAUUUCCUUGGUGGACGGUACGGCCCGGAUGUCAGUCUGUCCCAGGCAGCCCUGGCCAAGGCCGUUCUGGCUGAGAUCCCAGACCAGGUGGUGCAGUGGAUGAGAAAGAAUGGCAUCAAGCCCAAGCCUAAGCGGCAGUUUGCCCCCUCCCUGGUGCCUGGUCAGUCCAACCCUGGUGCUCAGGGUCCUACAGUGCAGUCUGGUUACCCCACUGGGGGCCAGCCUGGUCCUUCACCACACUCUCUAGGAGGUCAGGGUGGGCAGCAGUAUCCCCAAGGAGGUACACCACAAAACCCACAAGUUGGUCCGCCGUACCCACAAGGUGGGCCAGGGGGUCUACCAUAUCCACAAGGUCAGGGAGCUCCACCUUACCCACAAGGUGCUCAAGGUAGUUCACCAUACCCACAGGGUGCCCCUGGGGGUCCACCAUACCCACAUGGUGGCCAGGGAGCACCACCUUACCCUCAGGGUGGUCAAAUUGGUCAGCAAUACCCUCAAGGAGGUCCCCCUUAUUCUCAAGGUCAGACUGCACCAUCAUACCAUCAAGGGGGUCAGGGAUCACAACCAUAUCCACAGGCUGGUCAAAGUGGUCAGCAAUACCCUCAAGGAGGACAAGGUGGUCAGCCUUACUCUCAAAGUGGCCCUGGGGCUCCACCAAACCCUCAAGGGAGUCAGGGAGCACCAUACCCUCCAGUAGGCCAAGGUGGUCCACAAUACGCACAAGGGGGUCAGGGAGCUCCCCAUCACACACCAGGUGGACAGGGUGCUCCGCCAUACCCACAGGCAGGUCCCCCCUAUCCGCAAGGAGGCGCAGGAGUUCACCAAUAUCCACAGGGCGGUUCUCCCUAUCCACAAGUAGCUCCAGGAGGUCCCCCCUACCCCCAGGCUGGACCUCAAGGGACCCCCUAUCCUGCUGGCCCAGGACCUUCAUCUGCCCCCUCAGCUCCCCCUGGGGCUCCACAAAGGCCUCCUCCAACAUACCAAAGCCUUCAGAAAUAGAUGUUUUAUUGUAGGCAUUAAAUUAGAUGUUUUAUUGUAGGCAUUAAAUAUUUUUAUUAUAUUAGCUUUUAUUGGACAUUUUAUAUUUAAUUAGUAUGCUUAGCGGGGAAAUGUAACCUUAUUUAUUGAAUUGCAUUUACUAGUACAUUGGACAGUUUUAUGGUCCAACAAGUCAUCAUGGAGCUUAAAUACAUGAUAAAUGUUCGGAAGUUUUGCUUUUGUUUUUCUAAUAUUUAUAGUCAACAAAAUAUUAAGUGAACUAUCCUAUCCACAAUGUCCAUGUCUUAGUUUUGUAGUUUCCUACUGUCACAUUUAUUUCUUUAUAAUCAUGAAACUUGCUGUGAACAUUUGUUAUGAUGAAAUCAUGUUUGUGUUUGGAAAUGUUUCUGGUUCAAUGAACAACAUGACCACUAGGGGGAAAGACAGUUUUCCUUAAAUGGCUACAGUAAAACCUUGUGAAUACUCUAUCGGUCUUAUUUAUAUGCCUUAUUUUCAUGAUAUAUACUCUGAACAUUUGUCACAAUUAUAUUUUUGCCGUUUAUGAAACUGGGUCCCAUUUGUUCUUAAUCUAGGUUACUACAUCAAAUUAAGGAAACAACUUGUGAAUAAUAAAGAGUUAAGCUUAUCACCCAAUCUUCUUGGGUCUAAACAUCUGUCCCAAUUAUAUCUUGCUUAAGUUCAAAGUUGUGUGUAUGGGAUCACAAACUAGGACCAGAGAUUUAUCAAAAGAAAACACUAGAGGCCAAUUUUCUGGCCCAAUCUUCAUGAAACUUGAUCAGAACUUUUUUCCCCAUGAUAUUUUUGCCAAUUUUUAUACUGCGGCAUAAAAAAAUCAAGGUCACUAGGUAAAAUUGAAAGAAAUAUUUGUGAAUAUGAGAGGCCACAUUUAUUGACCAAUAUUCAUGUUACAUUCUCAGAACAUGUCUGAUAAUUAUAUUACAACAGAGUUUGAAAGUGUGUCAUGGGCAGUUAUAAACUCGGUCACAAGGUCAAAUUAUAGAAAUCUAGUGAGCACUAAAGAUGGUAAAUUUAUAACUAGUUCUUUUUGAUAAUUUGUCUAGAAUGAAGUCUCAACCAAGUUUGUAACUUUAUCAGGUGGUGUCAAAAACUAGGUUGAAUUAAAGAAAAGGCUUGUGAACACUAUUGAGGCUACAUUUAUUGCCAUAUGUUCAUGAAACUUUAUCUUAACAUUUGGUCAAAUUAUUUCACUGCCUAGUGAGGUAUGAUUCCUGUCUAUUGAAAAACAUAAGGCAUGAAAUUUUUUUAUGUGGUUUUAGUAAAACCAUAUGAACCAUUUAGAAAUCAUAUUUUUACCCAGUCAUUGUGUAACAUGCCAAGAACAUAAACAAGAGGGCCAUGGGCCCUAAGGACCUCGCUUGACCCUGAGAUGUUUUUAAACGAACCAGAACCCUUUUCGAACUCGGCAGAUACAUCAUUUGAACAACUUUGACCAAGAUUCAUGAAGAUUGGACUAAAAAUGAGUGUUCACAAAUUUUCAACUGUAAAAUUAUAAGGAAAACUGCUCUCCCCCUUGGUGGCAAUGUUUCUUGAACAAAAACCAUUUUCAAACUCAUCUGAGACAUUAUUAGAACAAGUGUUUUGACCAAGUUUCAUGAUAAUUUUGACUAUAAAUGCGACUUAUAGUUUUAAGAUGCUUUUUCAUGUUUGUAUACACAAAAUAUUGUGAUAUGACAUCUGGGCUAGGUUUGAAAGUGAUUGUGGUUUGUUCAAGAGCAUGGUUGCCAGUUGUUGUUGCUGCAGUUAUAUUGUGAAACACUUCCUGCUCGGAUUAGUAAAAAAUUUUGGGGUCUCAGGUGUGUGCUAAAUAGUCUUUGUCUUUCUUGUUUGUUAUGAGUGCAUUUUUGAAAUAUAAACAAAAGAGCUGUUGAUCAACGAUAAGAAAUUACCAUGUUGUAAAACACAAACAAUUAACUAACCAAUGGCGAGGUAACUCUAUAAACUUUUGUCUUCAACAUUUUCAAGUAGACCAUUCAUAGAUUUAUAUCAAUACAACUAUGAGCGAUAUUGAACUGUGUCUGAAAAUAAUUUAAAUGUAUUUCCUCAAACUGUACAUAUACUUUUCAGAUAUGAAUUGUUAUUGGUAUCAUGAACAUGUAUUUUCCAAGUUUUAGAAAGUUAAUGUGACUGGCAAAUAUAUUCCUAGGUGGUUUAUGUGUUAAGUAUGACUGUUUAAAAUUUAGUGCAAUAUUUGUGUGUGUUUUCUUCUGAAUAAAUCUCCCAUUUAAGGGACCUGCAAUAACAUAAAAGCAAUAAGUGUAUGUCUGGCUGAUUGUUAUUGCUAUUUCAUGUUGUUACAGGUGCUGCUGCUUUGUCAAUUAAUUAUAACUUCAUAUUUUAUUUUUCCGAACAUUUUUAAUUUUCGUGUAAAAAUUUAGUCUGCAAGUGUUCAAAACCACCUACCGGUAUGAAUAAGUAUUAAUGUUUGUUCUAAUGUUACCGUUGUUCUUAAAUAUUGAUCAACAUUAGAUAUAAUUAACUGUGUGUUUUUGUGCUAGGAACUAUAUAUAAUGCACAAAGAAAAAACUUUUCAUUAAUGAUUACUGAUUGUAACUUUUCAUUAAAUAUGUUAUUCGGGUUAUUAAGUCCAACAUAACUAGCAUUAAGAUAUAUUUUUAAAUCUUGUCAUUUUAAUAUUUAUCUUUGAUUAUUUCUUUAUAUUUUUGAUAUUUGUUGCUGUCUUAUUCUCAUACUAUAAACUGUUAAUACAAAUUUCAGCUUCU